GCGUUUGGUCCUUGUAUCCUGUAUCCUUUCCGGUUUUUGUCCAUCCCAAAGUAAAACACUUCCUCUUGAGAAGCGCGCGCGACUUUCGUUUUUCAAAACAGGAAAAAAAAGUGUUGCCCACUUAGGGGGGCAGUGAAAGUGGCAGCAAAGAAAUAAAGAGGCGUCGGAACACACAUUUGAAUGCCAAAUGAAGUGACAAGAAAUUAACGAAAAACGACAAAAAAACAAAAAAGAGUAGAACGAUAUAAGAAAUAAUAAUACAAAAACUCAAUGAGUCAGCACCGCAGUGGUGUUAUGGGGGCGUGACCGGAGUGGGAAUUGAGUGCUCCUAAUGAUGAACUCGGUCAAGGAGCCAGUGCAGCCACGCUGGCCAAGUAAUUAGAUAAGCGAGCUUGGGAUUGGGAAACACAAACAGGACCGAACCGAUAAAUCGCAAUGGUCUACGGUAGGAGCAUCGCCGUGGGCGUCGUCCUGAUGACCGUCGUCCUGCUGCUGGCCGCCGGGAUAUUCUACUUAAGUCUGGGACCCUGCCCCACGGGCAGUUUCGCCUGCGACAACGGCACGCUGUGCGUUCCGAGGCGCCAAAUCUGCGACAGUCGGCCCGAUUGCGCCGACAGCAGCGACGAGCAUCCCGUGGAAUGCGGACUCCUCUACGGCAGCAAGGAGAUUGCCGACAAGAUUGUGCGCAGUGCCAUUGAAAAGAAGCAACAGCGCCUAAUCUCCGCCGUCUCGAAUGCAAGCGGCGUGGAUUUAUCACCGCCGGCGGUGCCACGGAAUCAGAGCCUAACUUUAAACAUGACUUGUGAUAUCGUCACAUAUCCGAAAACCUGUCAGUGUGGCCAGAAAACUAUUUUAUUCUGCGGUCGCUAUGCAAAGUUGCGUCGAUUUCCCCGGACAAGUUCGGAGGUCACCAAUCUGAUCAUCAUCCGCAACAAUCUGACCUUGAGGGACAAUAUCUUUGCAAAUUUGACGCAUCUCCAAAAGCUGACACUUAAGUACAACAACAUAUCACGUGCCCCGCUGGGCAGCUUCACUGGCCUGGUUCACCUGGAGCGCCUUGAAUUGAGCCACAACAACAUCAGCCACCUGCCCCAUGGAAUUUUCAUCGGAUUGCAGAGCCUGCAGUGGUUGUUCCUGGUGAACAACCACCUGCACCACCUGCCCAUGGAGCAGUUGCGACUUAACCGCCGGCUGGAGUGGUUAGUCCUGAGUAGGAAUCGCCUCACCCUGCGGAAUGUGCAGAUGCCGAAAAUCCCGUCGCUCUACGAAGUUUAUUUGGAUUUCAAUCGAAUCGAAUACAUUGGCAAGGAAACUUUUUCCCAAUUGGAUAAUUUACAUUUGCUAGAUCUUCAGCAUAACCUCAUCACUCACAUCCAUGGACAAGCCUUUGCGAAUCUCACCAAUAUGCGAGAUAUCCGCCUUGUCGGUAAUCCCAUUAAGGAGUUAUCUGGCGAAACAUUUCUGCACAACACUCGACUGGAGGCACUUUCUCUGGCCCACAUGCCCAUUCACAUCACCGGCAGCCUAGUGGAGCCGCUGAACAUCUCGUUCCUGAAUCUUUCGGGCAUUCGUUACGAUCACAUCGACUUCGCGGCCAUUAAUUCGAUGCGCAACCUCACCUAUAUAAUCUACGAUAGAUUCUUUUACUGCUCGAUGACGCCGCAGGUGAGGAUGUGCAAGCCCUCCACCGAUGGGAUCAGUUCCUUUCAGGACCUCUUGAGCAAACCCGUGCUCCGAUACUCCGCCUGGGUUAUGGCCACUCUGACAAUAGCUGGCAAUGUCCUGGUUCUUUGGGGACGCUUUAUUUACCGGGACGAGAACGUGGCUGUGACGAUGGUCAUCCGGAAUCUGGCCCUGGCCGACAUGUUGAUGGGCUUCUAUCUGGUCACCAUUGGAGUGCAGGACUAUCGCUACCGGAACGAGUACUACAAGGUUGUGCUGGACUGGAUCAGCUCGUGGCAGUGCACGCUGAUUGGAACCCUGGCCGUGAGCUCCUCCGAGGUGUCGAUGUUAAUUCUGGCCUUCAUGUCGCUGGAACGCUUCCUGCUUAUCGCGGAUCCCUUCCGUGGCCACCGCAGCAUCGGAAGUCGGGUGAUGUGGCUGGCUCUGAUCUGCAUCUGGAUUACGGGUGUGGGACUGGCGGUGGUUCCAGUGCUUCUCUGGCGGACCAGCACUCUGCCCUACUAUGGAUCCUAUUCGGGCACCUGUUUUCCUCUGCACAUCCACGAAGCCUUUCCCAUGGGCUGGCUUUACUCGGCCUUUGUGUUCCUGGGAGUCAAUUUGCUGCUACUGGUGAUGAUCGCCAUGCUCUACACGGCACUCCUCAUCUCGAUAUGGCGGACGCGAAGUGCCACUCCGCUGACUCUCUUGGAUUGCGAGUUCGCGGUGAGAUUCUUUUUCAUUGUACUGACCGAUUUCCUGUGCUGGGUGCCCAUUAUAGUUAUGAAGAUCUGGGUGUUCUUCAACUACAAUAUCUCCGAUGACAUAUACGCCUGGCUGGUGGUCUUUGUGCUGCCCCUUAACUCGGCGGUGAAUCCGCUUUUGUACACUUUCACCACGCCCAAGUAUCGCAAUCAGAUCUUCUUGCGCGGCUGGAAGAAGAUAACCUCCAGAAAGCGAGCAGAGGCGGGCAAUGGUAAUGUGGCGACCACCACGACGGGCACGGCCACCGGAUCGUCACAGCAUCCGGACGACUCUACGACACUGGCCAGAGCCAUGCCACUGGCCCUUACUUUGUCAAACUAACACAUUCCUGUGGCGGUCAUCGAACUUGUAUACCAUCAGAUUUAGCAGCAUUUAUUUUGUCUAUGAUAUCAAAUAUUUAUAUAUUUGUGUGUGAAUAUCUAACCUGUGUAAGUUAACCAAACGAAAGUGUGAAAUAAAUUGAAUGUGAUAUUUGUAAGGCAA